AUGGCUGCGCCGCGCGCCGCGUCCCCGCGCCGCCCGCUGCGGCUCCGGCUCCGGCCGCCGCUGCUGCCGCUGCUGCUGCUGCUGCUGCUGCCCGCGCCGAGCCAGGGUCUGGGCCGCGCUGCUGAACUGGCGUUUACUGUGGAACCUAGCGAUGAUGUUGGGGUCCCUGGGCAGCCCAUAGUGCUGGGCUGUAAAGUGGAAGGGACCCCUCCAGUGAGAGUCACCUGGAGGAAGAAUGGCGCUGAGUUGCCAGACAACUCCCACACCACCCUGCUGGCCAAUGGGUCUUUGCUGAUCCAUCACUUCCGGCUGGAGCGGGGAGCUAGCCCUUCAGACGAGGGCGACUAUGAAUGUGUGGCACAGAACCGCUUUGGGCUGGUGGUCAGCCGGAAGGCUCGAAUCCAGGCUGCAACCAUGUCUGAUUUCCAUGUGCACCCCCAGGCCACUGUGGGUGAGGAGGGGGGCGUGGCCCGCUUCCAGUGCCAAAUCCAUGGGCUUCCCAAGCCCCUGAUCACGUGGGAGAAGAACAGAGUCCCCAUUGACACAGACAAUGAGAGGUACACGUUGCUACCUAAAGGGGUCCUGCAGAUCACAGGACUUCGGGCAGAGGACAGUGGGGUCUUCCACUGCGUGGCCUCAAAUAUAGCCAGUGUCCGGGUCAGCCACGGGGCCAGGCUCACUGUGUCAGGCUCAGGCUCUGGGGCCUACAAGGAGCCGAUGAUCCUCGUGGGGCCUGAGAACCUCACCCUGACCGUGCACCAGACUGCCGUGCUGGAGUGUGUCGCCACGGGCAACCCAAGACCCAUUGUGUCCUGGAGCCGCCUGGAUGGCCGCCCCAUUGGGGUGGAAGGUAUUGAGGUGCUGGGCACUGGAAACUUGAUCAUCUCAGAUGUGUCCGUCCAGCACUCAGGUGUCUACGUCUGUGCUGCCAACAGGCCUGGCACCCGGGUGAGGCGCACAGCACAGGGCCGGCUGGUGGUGCAAGCACCGGCUGAGUUUGUGCAGCAUCCACAGUCAAUAUCCAGGCCAGCGGGGACCACAGCCAUGUUCACCUGCCAGGCCCAGGGCGAGCCCCCCCCCCAUGUCACGUGGCUGAAGAACGGACAGGUGCUGGGGGCAGGCGGCCAUGUCAGGCUCAAGAACAAUAACAGCACACUGACCAUUUCCGGAAUCGGUCCUGAAGACGAGGCCAUCUAUCAAUGCGUGGCUGAGAACAGUGCGGGCUCCUCUCAGGCCAGCGCCAGGCUGACCGUGCUGUGGGCCGAGGGGCUGCCCGGGCCCCCUCGCAAUGUCCGGGCUGUCUCGGUAUCAUCCACUGAGGUCCGGGUGUCCUGGAGCGAGCCACUGGCCAACACCAAAGAGAUCAUCGGCUACGUCCUGCACAUCAGGAAAGCUGCAGAUCCUCCCCAGCUAGAGUAUCAGGAAGCCGUGAGCAAGAGCACCUUCCAGCACCUGGUGAGCGACCUAGAACCUUCCACGGCCUACACCUUCUACAUCAAGGCCUACACGCCAAGAGGGGCCAGCUUAGCCUCUGUCCCCACCCUAGCGAGCACCCUGGGGGAAGCCCCUGCCCCACCCCCACUGUCCGUGCGCGUGCUGAGCGGCAACUCCCUGCAGUUGCUCUGGGAACCCUGGCCCAGGCUGGUCCAGCGUGAGGGUGGCUUUAAACUGUUUUACCGCCCAGCCAGCAGGGGCUCCUUCACCGGCCCCAUCCUGCUGCCAGGGACAGCCUCCUCUUACAACCUCAGCCAGCUGGACCCCAGUACGGUGUAUGAGGUGAAACUGCUUGCCUAUAACCAGCAUGGAGAGGGUAAUGCCACCGUCCGCUUCGUGUCUUUGAGAGGAGCAUCUGAGAGGACUGCCCUGAGCCCGCCCUGUGACUGCCGGAAGGAAGAAGCCACCAAUCAGACAUCGACCACGGGCAUCGUCAUCGGCAUCCACAUCGGGGUCACGUGUAUCAUCUUCUGUGUUCUCUUCCUCUUGUUUGGCCAAAGGGGCAGGGUCCUCUUGUGUAAGGAUGUGGAAAACCAGCUCUCUCCCCCGCAAGGUCCCCGCAGCCAGAGGGACCUGGCCCUGAAUGGAGGGAGACAGGGAGAGAGGAGCCAGCUGGGCGGCGAGGAAAAGCACAUGGAUGCCAAGGAGUUGGAGCAACUGUUCCCUCCAGCCAUGGUCGGGGGGCAGCCUGGGCCUCGGCCUCUGGAUCCUGCAGCCCCUGCCCUGUGUGAGGAGUCUCAGUUCUCCGUGGGGUCACUUCACAGCUUCAGCCUUGUGGAUGGGAGGACACCAGAAGCCAGGACCCCCUGUACAGACCCCGAGACUGCUCCACCACCCCAGAACCCAGGCCGGGGCCUCCUCCAGGAAGGACAGACCGCUGGCCUUCCCUAG